UUCGCCAAGUAGCAAUCCAUGCAAGAGUGUCAGGUCAGAUCCCAUGUGGCCUUAAACAGAACCAAUAGAUGGUGCGUUGACCAUGGCGGAUUUCUUGAAUCCUAGUCUACCUGGCUCUCCCGAAACUUCUCGUUAAACUUCAGCGACGCCAAACCCGGCGAAUUCUUGAGCAUUUCGGGUCGGCGUUUGGAGGUGUUUCUAGGUUGGUCUGGCCUGAUGCCUCGAAGCGCCAAGCGGCGAGAGCUCGGAGGGGCUGGAGCUCCCAAGAUGUUUCUUGGCGGCGGCUCGGUGUUCCGAAAGCCGCAGCCGAUGGUGGUAGAAUGUAUACUCCGACGGCUCGAGGCGCGAUAUUGUGUAUUUGAAUGAGGCGCGCUCAGAUCGUUAGCCAUCGCAUUCAACAGCCAAGUAUUCAAGAUUUCCGGAACCUCCUAAUCCAAAUUCCACUCACCUGCUCUUAGAGUUCUGCAGCUCAAAAGCAUAUCGUCCUGGUUUUUUUUAUUAUUAUUCUACUCUAGUGAAAGAGAUACGACGUCACUAUGGCACACGGAAAGCUUGUCGCUUCCCUCCUCUUCCUGCUCGCCGCUCUCCUUGCGUUCUCCAACUUCCCUUCUGCUCGCGGUGCACGUGCUCCGUUCGCGACCCUUCCUGCGAGCGCGCCAGUGAUGAGGAGGGUGCUGUACAGUGGGCAGACGUGCUCGGACAAGUACGACACCAAGAUGCAGCGGUGCGAGGAGAAGGAGCAGCGGUGCCUGGACAAGGCGUGGGACUGGUGGAAACAGCAGAAGUGCACUGAUAAGCGCGGGGACUGCGAGUCUGAUGCCAGUGACGCGUACAAUGACUGCCAGACGGAGUGCACCGAGAAGUGCGAUGACAAGCUGGACGAUUGCUACAACCAGCACCACAACCAUGGGUGUGACAGGAAGGACCAGAAGUGCCGCGACAAGUGCACGUAAAGUGAGAUGGCAUGUGAGUCGGGUCGCGACGAGUGCAACGGGCAGCGCCCAGCCAUGGGUGGUGUGACAGGCAUGAUCAGAAGCGCCCUGAGGUGACAAAUGCAGCCGAAGCAGGGUUCGAGUGGGCAGCAACUGAGGAAUAGAGAUCAUCGUAGUACGGAUGGGUAUCACUUGUGCAGCGUUUAGUGGUGUGUUUAGUGAGUGUGUGUCCUGUAUUUAUGGUAAAUACAGUUCCUUUUGCCCC